GAGGGAGCACAAGUGGAGAAAUAGAGACACGAUCUAGGGAAGCUCCAUGGUAACGAGAGAUCAUCUACAGCAUCUGCUGACUUUCUGUAAAGAAAUAAAAGAGAAAAUCACAUAGGACUGUUAGACCUUGGGCAUCUUCUUGGCCAGUAUCAUAUCUGUACCAUGUCUCGGCCCACGCCGCACCUCCCGCACGUCUCUGACUCGUCUUGCUGGAGCUCUGAGACAGAAAUCAGUCAGAGAUUUUACAGGAGCUCUCGUGGGUCAGGAGGAAAGAGCGUGCCAUGUCCUCUCGGUCCUGUUCCUCUGUUCCGCUCCAUCGGGCUGACGGGGUUAUCAGCCAGCCUGCCACCUCACCGCCGCUUACGCUCCGUCUUACACAGAGCGCGAGCGGUGCGACCUGAUAAUGCUAAUGCUAAUGAGACCGACAGGGCUCGAGGUGGCUCGGAUGCUAACAGACUCGUUUCUGAAGCCACUGACACUGGAUUGCCUUUCAAAGACUUUCUGCCUGAUAUCAUGACCCCGACUCCCCGUCCUCCGUCUCAAAGCAGAGAGACAAGAACAAGGGAAAGUCGUUCGAUCGGAAACGUGGAGACCUUCUCCAGUCUCUGGUCACAAGCUGAGUCAAGCUUAAACCCCAGCUUUGAUCUUGUAGAUACGUUACAAAGGCGCCACAGCGUGGGACACCAAGAUCCUCCAUCAAAGAUCUACGCAAGCAGGAGGACCGUCGUGUUUCCUCUCACGAGCACAGAAACUCCAGCGCAUGCUGGAAGGAAGAGGUGGAGCAGGAGGAUCAGACAGAUUUGGACCUCAGAGAAAAGCAGUGAUGAGCAGGACAUCAGCGAGUACUUUCAUAGCCUGGUUAUAACAGACAAUGUUCCUUCUGCCAACACGAAGCACCCGCAAACUUCUGGAUCUCCCAAAUCCAACAGAAGUGAUGUAGACAGUGAGCGUGAAGGUAAGGGGGCGUGUCACACCAGGAGAGACCGACGCCCCCAUUUCCUGCCGCCGAUAUCUCAGUCUGGAUGCCUGUUAGACGUCCCCUUCAUCCUUCCGGAGAAUUCCCCUCCUCCGUCUCCCAGCAGCACUUUCAGCACUCCUUUCUUCCCUCUGUGUGUUCCAGCACUUCCUGUUUUUCCCCAGAAUAGACAGAGAGACACCUGAGAGACACCUGUGAGACACCUGAGAGACACCUGUGAGACACCUGUGAGACACCUGAGACACCUGUGAGACACCUGUGAGACACCUGUGCGACACCUGUGAGACACCUUUGAGACACCUGAGAGAGACCUGUGAGACACCUGUGAGACACCUGAGAGACACCUGAGACACCUGUGA